UUUUUCUAAAUCAGUAAUAUUUUUCGAAUACAGGUAGUAAUUUUUACAAUUACUACGUAUUCUAGAAAUCUCAUUAUUUAAAGAUAGAACCGAAGUUGUAUUGUACUGCAUAUAUACGCCAGGGAGUGCUGUUUUAUUCUCCCAGCGUUAGACAAUUUUUUUUUUCUAUUGUGCUUUGAUUCACGUGUUGUCUUGUAUAAAAAUGUCAGACUUUCAAUCUUUGAAAAGAAAUUCUUCGCCAGUUCCUCAAGACCUAUUACCAAGAAAUGCAAUAAGACGAAUUGGAAGCGAGGAAAAUGUCACAGGAGAUGGAGGACGAGCACGCGGACGAGGACGAGGUCGUGGUAGAGGGAGAGGUUACGAACCUCAAGAUGACAUCCCAUUUAGAGGUAGACAAGAGUCACGUUCCCUUUCGUCAACACACGAUGAAAGACGAUCAACUAGUACAGAUGCGGAUAGAACUGCUCCUGGAGAUUGCGGACGAGGACGGGGAAGAGGACGUGGAAAAGGUCGUGGUAGAGGUAUAGGUUACGAACCUCAGAAUGACAUUGUAUUUAGAGGUAGACAAGAGUCACGUUCCCCUUCUUCAAGACACGAUGAAAGACGAUCAACUAGUACACCAGCGGACAGAACUGCUCCUGGUGGAUCUCAGUUUCGUGAUUUUAAACUUGGUGGAGGAUUGCGAAGUACACAAGAAUUACGUUCUUCCAUACCAGCAGAGGAUAUAAUAGCAACGACUAGUAGAGCAUCUGCAAUGAUUACUCCUGUUGAGAGUAUGACAAAACCAUCCUUUCGUACAGCUUCUCAUGAAGGUAGACAGUCGUCUUCAGCUAUGGCUCUUGCUUCUCUAUUGCAUUCAAAAAGUACAGUAGAUAUUAUGUCGAGUGUAAUGAAGAGACUGGGUCUUGAGAUAACUAAUACUGGUUCUACAAGAUAUAACUUUGCUAGAAGACCUGGCAUUGGCAUUAAGGGUAAAAAGAUAAAUUUACUAGCAAAUUAUUUUCCAAUAGAUAUACCACACGGAGAAGUGUAUCAUUAUGAUGUGGAAAUUGAAAAGGUUUUGCUCAUAACAGAAAAGGGUGGUACUGAAAGUGAAUCUACACACAAAAAGUAUAAAUGCCAAAACACUAAACUGAAAAGAAAAGUUAUUGAAGAAAUGAUUCGUGAAGAUGCUCUAUUCAGAAAUAUUAGACCGGCAUUUGAUGGCGAGAAAAACUUGUACACCCGAGUACCGUUACCGAUAAAAUACACAACAGUAUUUACCGUAAGCAUUACGGAUGAUUUUAAUCUCAAAAAAACGACAACAUAUGAAAUUAAACUUAAACCUGUUAACAGGUCAGACACAGCUGAAAGGUCAAAUAACAAUUCAAUAAGUUUAGAACCAUUACACGAGUUGUUAGCAGGUAAAUGCAGUGAUAUAACAGAAAGCAUUAUUAUGGGAAUGAUGGCCAUAGAGACCAUACUAAGACACGGUCCUGCUCUACAUUUGGUUCCAGUUGGGAGAUCGUUUUUCAUAAAGCCUCAAAUGGAUGAAGUUCCUCUAUUAGGUGGAGGAAGAGAAAUUUGGUUUGGCCAUCAUCAAAGCAUGCAGCUGUGUCAAUGGAAGCCCAUGUUAAACAUUGAUAAAUCGGCAACGACAUUUUAUAGAAGCUGCUCCGUUGUUGAGUUUAUGUUUGAAAUAUUAUAUCCACGUACUGAGAACUUUGAGUUGGCUGCAAAACAGAUGAGAGGUCUCACAGAUGCUGAAAGAAAAACACUUACAAAGGAAAUGAAGAAUUUGAAAAUUGAAGUAACUCAUUUGCCUUAUCCCCGAAAAUAUAAAAUUCGAGACAUCACAAGGGACAAUGCUAACAACAUUAUUUUUAUGAGAAAGAUUAAUGAUAAGGAAACUCCUUGCUCAGUAUCAGAAUAUUUUCGGUCUGUAUAUAAACCAUUAAAAUAUCCUAAUUUACCUUGUUUAAAUGUGGGAAAUAAUAACAAAGAUAUCUAUUUACCAUUGGAAGUGUGCAAUAUUGUGGAAGGUCAGCACAGUAAUAAGAAAUUAACGGACAGACAAACUUCAGAUAUGAUUCGCUAUACGGCUCGUCCUCCUGCGAAAAGAUUCGAGGAUAUCAAACAGUCUGUUAAUGCUAUGAUGCAAGACUUUCAACCAUUCUCGAGAGAAUUUGGCAUUCGUGUAAGUACGAAUUUUCUAAAGUGUACAGGCAGAGUAUUGGAUCCUCCGGAAGUUAUGUACGACGGAAGAGAGACCAUCAGACCUUCUAACGGAAGCUGGAAUAUGGUAAAUAAGAAGUUUCACAAAGGAGUGACAAUUAAUAAUUGGAUGCUGCUGAGCUUCUCUGAAAAUCGCUGCUGUAACGAAGAAGUCUUAAGGAAGUUAGUUAAUAUGCUAAUAGAAAAUGGUAGAAAUGUAGGGGUAGAUUUUGCAGAUCCAUUGAAAGUGAGAGGCUACACACGUAGUGAUGGAAAGCCGGGAGAUAUAUUAAGGCAAGCUAAAAAGAUGGAGCCUGAAUUGGAAUUAGCAGUAAUAGUAUUACCAGCAGAAAAUAUUUAUCCUGAAGUUAAAACAGUUGCAGAAACGGAAUUAGGACUUAUGACACAAUGUGUAAGAGAUGCAAACCUUGUCAAUGACAAAAAGUUUAAUGCACAGUUUAUAAGUAAUUUAUGUCAAAAAAUUAAUGCAAAAAUGGGUGGAGUCAACAAUUCAUUAGCACAGGAGUACAGACCUGAAAUUAUGAAUAGACCUGUGAUGAUUGUGGGUAUCGAUUGUAAUCAUCCCGCUCCUGGUGACAAAGUUGGAUAUUCGAUCGCAGCAGCAGUAGGAAGUUUAGAUGCUUAUUGUGGAAAAUUUAAAGCGUCCAUUCGUGUUCAGCAUAAGAAACAGAAAACAGCCAGACAGAGGUUCGGACAAGAUAUUGUUGUCGAGCUGAAGAACAUGAUGAAAGAACUUUUCAAGGCAUUCUACAAAUAUACCGGAGGAAAAAAACCACAAAAAAUUAUUAUUUUUAGAGACGGGGUUAGCGAAGGCGAAUUUCAGAAAGUGAUGGAUUACGAAAUGAGAGAAAUUAGAAAGGCGUGUGAAGAAAUGGCACGUGGUGAGACCUACCGACCUCCCAUCACUUUCAUCAUAACUGGAAAACGUCAUCACACACGUUUUCUACCCGAAAAUCGAAGAGACGGUGUGGGCAGACCGGGAAACGUUCCACCCGGUACUACGGUGGAUACGGCUGUAGUACAUCCCGUGUUCUACGACUUUUUCUUAUGCAGUCAUAUUGGAAUACAGGGUACUAGCAGACCAGCUCAUUAUACGGUUCUAUGGGACGAUAACGACUUCACUGCAGACGAGCUACAAGUGUUAACUUACUACCUGUGCCACACGUAUGCCAGAUGCACCAGGAGCAUAUCUAUACCUUGUCCCGUUAUGUACGCCCACCUUGCAGCUUUCAGGGCCAAGCAAUAUCUUAUAAACAAAACCGAAAGUAUGUCGAGUUCUGGUAGUGAAGUGUCGGAACGGGAAGAAGUGAUUAUUGAAGAAAGCAUUAAAGAAGCCAUAAAAGUAGUUGACGAAAUACAAAAUAGAAUGUAUUAUGUGUAAAUGUUGAUAACAUUCGUGCAUACAUACUGUAUAAUUUAUUAUUUUUAUUUAUAUAAAAUUAAUUACGACCGUUUUCAUUUAACAACAUUAAUUUGAAAAUUUUUUGAAUUUCGUUGAAAGUUUUAAAAUUAAUUAAAAUUAUAACAUAUAAACAAUCGUACAAAGCAAGUAUGUAAAAGUUGUCACAAUUUGUGUUUAUAAUGUAAUAACUAAUAAUGUUUUUGUAGUGGCGUGUUAGCCAUGAAAGUAUUUGUGUUUAACUUUGUUUUACAUUGUAUAUAAGUAAAUAUAUACCGAAUAUAGUUCGAAAUAUUUAUUUUUGAAAUUAGCGUAAAACGUUGGCAUAGACCACAUUCGCGUAAUUUAAAAUUAAGCUGUGUUUAGUUUAACCAGGUUAUGAUUAUUUAUUUAUCUUUUUUUCUAUGUUUGUUAUCAACUGUAUUGACUUGCUAAAGUAUAUCAA